AUGGCAAACACAAGCGAGUUUGGGGAGAGCAGCCCGUCCUUACAGAACUAUGCGUCCACGGCCUCUGCGGUCAAGCUGGCCUCCCUGGGUCUGAUCAUGGGCAUCAGCCUGCUGGGCAACGCGUGUCUGUCGCUGCUGCUGCUGAAGGACAGCUCGCUGCACAAGGCUCCCUACUAUUUCCUGCUGGACCUGUGCCUGGCGGACGUGGUGCGCUCCGCCGUCUGCUUCCCCUUCGUGAUGGCAUCGAUCGGCGGCGGCUCCUCGUGGCCGUACAGCGCGCUCAGCUGCAAGAUCGUCGCCUUCAUGUCGGUGCUCUUCUGCUUCCACGUCGCCUUCCUGCUCUUCUGCGUCAGCGUCACCCGGUACAUGGCGAUCGCCCACCACCGCUUCUACUCCAAGCGGAUGAACCUGUGUACGUGCGUCGCGGUGAUCUGCAUGGUGUGGACCCUCUCCGUGGCCAUGGCUUUCCCGCCGGUCUUCGACGUGGGCACCUACAAGUUCAUCCGUGAGGAGGAGCAGUGCAUCUUCGAGCACCGCUACGUGAAGGCGAACGACACGCUGGGCUUCAUGCUCAUGCUGGCCGUGAUCGUGGGCACGACCCAUGUGGUUUACAUUAAGAUGCUGUGCUUCGUCUACGACCACCGCAAGAUGAAGCCGGCUCAGCUGGUCCCGGCCAUCAGCCAGAACUGGACCUUCCACGGCCCCGGAGCCACCGGACAGGCCGCCGCCAACUGGAUCGCGGGCUUCGGCCGCGGACCGACGCCGCCGACGCUGGUGGGCAUCCGGCAGGCUUCGCACCCCGGCAACAGGAGGCUGCUGGUGCUGGACGAGUUCAAGAUGGAGAAGCGCAUCGGGAAGAUGUACUACAUGAUCACGCUGACCUUCCUCGUCCUGUGGGCUCCCUACAUAAGCGCCUGCUACCUGAGGAUAUUCGUGCGCGGCUCUCCGGUGCCGCAGCUCUACCUGACCGCUGCGGUGUGGAUGAGCUUCGCCCAGGCGGGAGCGAACCCCAUCAUCAGCUUCCUGUUCAACAAGGAGCUCCGGAUGAGACUGAGAGCCUGUUUCCCCUGCUGCCUGGGAACACAGACACCCAUGGAGCCAUACUGUGUCAUCUGA